AGUACGAAAUACCUGCUCCAAGUUUAUUGGUUUAGAACAGUACGCCCUCCAUACGUAGGAGGGCGCUCCGGCUAUAAAAGGGGAGCUCCUCCGGCAAGGAAGUCAUUUCAGGAAACAGCUGGUUUUAAGUAUAUCACUACGUGUUACCAGCCCGUGUCCUUUGGCUGCGUUUUUUUUUGGGUGAUCGGCUCUGCUCCAACUGUGCUUGGGCAAUUAAUCAGUGUUGGGUGUGACAUCAUCGCUUGCCUUUGCUAUACAAAACAUUAGCAAACGGGAAAGAUUGAAUCCCCGUUGCUGCUGGGCAGGGAGUUCCCUUCUACUCAGGGGUCAUCGGUGAGAGGACCGAUUUAUCCGUGGUCCAGUGGGAGGCGCCGCUGUUUUGUUUCGUUUCCUUUUUCUACAUUUCAAAUCAGCUGUUUGAAGGAUGUUCCCUGGCUCGUGGCCGGAGUUCAGAAGGAAGAACAGCUGAUUUAUAUUGUACCCAUUUUAUACCGUUUUUAAUCUUUUUUUGUUUCUUUGUGCAGGCUGGGGCAGGAGGUGUGGGGUGUGGCCUCGGAGGUGGUGGUCCCGUGUGCGUGUGGUGGUGCUGGUUUCCUCACGUUGAUAUGAAUGAUCACUGCCAGGGGUGAAUUCUUUAUACGUUCUUCAUUAUUUUUCUUGUGUUGGGGCUUCUCUGCCCGCGUUACCUGCCUCCAUCACUAGCCUCAGUCCUGCUUGUUAACCUCUUUAUUUAUUUAAAUUUGUAGUUGAAUUGUGUUUAGUUAAUUCCCAUUUUGUUUUGGGACCUCAUGAAUUGAUUUCAGUGAGUAAAAUUAAUUUGGUUCUCCAUACAUUUCAUUGGUUCAGUUCCUGUUGGGGCAUUAAUUUUAGUAUUUUAUGGUAUUUUACAUGGCCAGUUUUUAAAGUGUCUUUUAAAUUGUCUCUUCUAUAAAAUAAAACACACUUAUUGUAACUUCUGAAACCACGUCUACUGUCCAGUGAACUGAAUCUAUAUGUUUAAUUCCUUGGGUGAAAUUCCCAAGGUGGCGUUGUUAAUAAAAUCACACUCGAGCAGGUACAAUUGCCAUCCUUGGCGUCAACAGGUCAUAGACCACUCACGUAUUGCCACACAACCAUCACCAUUUUAUGACACUACUUCUACCAGCAUGAACAUAUCUGGCAGCAAUUCUCAGGAACUCCCCAAACUCUCCACACCACCUCUGUUUAUAUCAGCUGCGCUCCGCUGGUGUCAGAACGCAACACAUACCCAGUCCUAAAUGUAGUUUUUAAGUGAAAUUUGCUAAAUUUAAAUUUUCAUUUGACAUGUUCUCCAGUGGAAAUGUUAUGAUUCAAUUCAGUUUAUUUAUACAGGACCAAAUUCAAUUAAAGUUAAUUUAUAAAGAGCCAAAUCACGACAAGAGUCGUCUCAAGGCACUUCACACAGUAAACAUCCCAGUUCAGUUCACUGAUGUUGUAUGAGAUCUAGAUCACAAGGUAAACAUGCUGUAAGGUAAUAAAUAAAAACAACAACAAAUACUGAUCAUGACAAAUGUGUGGAGGAAAUGGGAUAAAGAUACUUAAUGAAAUAUUUUCAACAGAAAUGGAAUGAUUUGGGCCUUUUUUAUUUUAUUUUUCCACCGUGAUGUGAGAUGUUGUCAGACGAGCCCACCAGCAGGGUCGGCGGCGCUGUGAGGAUGCUGAGACGCUCUGCGCUGUCGUGAACGCGCCACCCGCGCGCGCACUGAGAUACGCAUGUGACUAGCAGGAGACGCAGGACUUUGAUGCACGCGCUUUUACAGAAUACAGAACCUCCUUGACCAGAAUCUUCCCGUCUGAUCGGACCUGAACGCACCAGUUUGAGGCAGGUGAGUGCAUGUGUGCGCGCGUGUGAGGACAAGGGAGGCUGGCUUUUAUCUCAUGAUGAGCUCAGACAUUUAGAUGGGUCCUCCCACCGCUCCCGGUCUAUUUAUAAGGUUUAAACGCAGUCCAGGGUCAUGAUAACAGGACGCGACUGCGGGACAGAGAGACCGAUCCGCACGGUAAGAGCUCCUGGUCCCGGAACAGUGUUGCAGAUGAAUGUGACCUAAAUUAUGCAGUGAUGGAAACUAGCUGCUGUAGCAUGUGCUCCUUGUUGCUCCACUGCACGGAGUCAGGAGUAGAGUGAUGUUUAAAGCCUGCGUCAGAGAGGAUGCUGGCGGAGCUGCUCCAUCAGCAUCCUUAACCUGAACAAGAUCCGUGUCCCAGUCAGGCUCUGAGUUCAUCCUCGUGCAUCUGCAGGUGGUCAGGAUGAGCUGUAGCCAUAGGCCUGCCAGAAGAAAAUGAACAAACCCAGCUGGAGCCUUUUUCAUUUUAUUAGUGAAAACACUUUUGGCCAUAAGCUCAAAAUCAGUUUACUGCAAAACAAAAGUGUUAUUUGGAUUUCCACCUACUGUUCAUAACACAGAGAGUUCUGGAAGGCUUUCAAUAUGCUGUAAUGCAAACAAACACACAAACAACAACAAACAACAAUGCUUUGGAUUCAGGCCUUUCUGUUAGGCUUUCAUUUGUUUCAAAACAUUUUUACAUAAACUUAAAAAUGUUGUUUUCACCCAGAAAUGAUGUCAUGUUUACAAAUUCCUCAUAUUUGUAAAAUAAAAGCAUUCCUAUGAGGUAAUGGAAUAGAUGGAAGUUUACGUGCAGCCUCAAAACUUUACAUCUCUGAUGCCAAAUAUGUGAAAAUAGAACACGAUGCAUACAGAGCAAGUGUUGCAUCAUUUCCUUCUCCAACACCGCAGGGCAAACGGGUGUUUGAUUAGCCUGGCCACCCCCUCCACCUCCACCACAAAAAUAACCAGGUUUCCAACAAAAGCCAGAGAGAGCAUUUGACCAAGAACACGGCUCUAAGAGACCGCCAGUGAAAUGUAGAUUCAUCUGCUUCAUGAUACAUUUCUUGCUAACAAAACAGUUUUAAAUGAUUUUGACCACUUAAACAUUCUCCCUCUCCUGAUAUUAACAUUUUACUCUCUUUGACAUUGAAUGUGCUACUACUAGUUUACCUGUUUAAUUACCAGUUCAGUGGUCUAGUGGUAGCGUGUCCGCCCUGAGACUGGGAGAUCAGGGUUCGAUUCCUGAUCGGGUCAGACCAAAGACUUUGAAAAAAUGGGACCCAGUGCCUCCCUGCUUGACACUCAGCAUUAAGGGGGUUGGAUUGGGGGAUUACACCACCAAAUGGUUCCCGAGCGCGGCCGUGUCUGCAGCUCACCGCUCCCCCAGGGGAUGGGUCAAAUGCGGAGAACAAAUUUCGCACACACACCUGUGUGUGUGACAACUAAUGGGACUUUAACUUUAUCGAUUCACUAGGAUAAAUACAAUAAAGUUUAUCUCUCGCCAAAUAGAAUAUUUACUAAGAAAUCACAAUGUAACCAUAGAAACACUACGUGUGUGUGUGUGUGUGUGUGUGUGUGUGUGUGUGUGUGUGUGUGUGAGUGAUUAUACUGAGCCAGGAUUCUCUGGAGGUUUCUUCCUGUUAAAAGAGUUUUCCUCUCCACUGUCGCUGCAUGCUUGCUUAGUAUGAGGAUUGCAUCAAUUUGCUGGGUUCCUUACAUAGGAAACUUUUUUCUGAUUGGCUUAAUGAACUGACCUGUAUUGGAAUGUUUUACUAUGUGAAGUGCCUUGAGACGACUCUUGUCGUGAUUUGGCGCUUCAUAAAUAAACUUGAAUUGACUUGAACCAGUUAGCUUGUCAUCAGGUCGGGUGAAAUAAGAGUAAACCAACAGGAAGUUUGUUCAAGAAAUGUAUAAAGGUGACAACAGUUAUCUUUUUCAACCAGUAGGUUUUUAAUUGUGACCAGUGGCAUAGAAAUGCCAGUCCUGCCAACUGGGGGCACGUUCCCAAUGGGACAUGCUAUGCGUGGAAUCCGAUUGCUUCGACUGAAAAGUGUAAACAAGCCGACACAGGCGAGUCGUUGUCCGACAGACUCGGGUCCAACAGGAGGAGGGCCAGCUGCAGGUACACGAGUAGUGAAGCACAAGACAGAUGCACUCUGGCUGGUGCGCCAGCCGAGGAAGUGGCCGUCACUCUGCUUUGUGGAGGAUUUCUUUACUUCCUUUUUUUUUUUUUGAGUGGGAGUUUGUGUGACUGGUUGGGUCCUGUCACCGUGCCAGGACCACAUUCUCAUCCUGCUGCCGCUGACAAGGGCGGCAAAGACAUAAACAGGCCUGGUGGGAUUAGCGCUCAUAACAAACCCACGCCUACACAAAUCUAACAUGAACUCCCUUUGUUUGGGGGAGCGAUGCCGGGGUCACCAGAGGCGAGUGAGGGGGUGUGUACAUCCGCGGUGCACCAGUGAUAAAAUCUGUGGGCUCAUCGUGUUGUGGCGGGGUGUUUCCACGUGUCUGAAAGCCCCAGACAGACGGGAGGGGGGUCGCGGCUGUGGGUGGAAGCACAACACCACCACGAACGUCCCUCGGUGUGUAUGUUUCUGAGUCAGCUGGUGACGGAGACAGGAUUUAGGCUAGCUGAGACAACAACACUGGGGUUUAAUCCUGUUCAGUCUGACCCAGGAGCACGGAGACAGUAGAGGAGCAAAGCACAAACGAGACCAUGCCUGUCAUGUCUGAUGCACGGCUAGAGAGGUUUCUAGAACUUUCUUCACACAUCUGUCGUUGUGUCCAUCCUCAGAGCCGGCCCUGGCCCAGGCUGCAGCCAUGCCUCUUUUAGAAGGGACCACUCUGCCGCAAGAGCAUCCCCCUACCCUCCCCGUGGUAAUCAUAGGUAAACUCACCUUUGAUGGCUUGACGGGUCUGCACUGUCCCCCCAAGUUUCAAAAUGGCCAUUUCUAUUUAACUUGGAAAGCUUUUCUUACAUUCCCCAAACCUGGUUUGUUAUUAGGUAACGGCCCAUCCGGUAUUUGUCUGUCUUACAUGCUGAGUGGCUACAUGCCCCACCUAGACCCUGCGACUGUCCACCCAAACUCGGUUCUGUACAGAAAACUGCAAGAGGCCAAGCAUCUCGCCAUCACCGAGCAGGAUUUGGAGUAUUUGAGUGAAGGUCUUGAAGGGAGGUCAAGGAAUCCUGUGGCUGUGCUGUUUGACACGCUGCUGCACCCCAACGCCGACUUUGGCUACGAGUUCCCUCCUGUGCUUCAGUGGAGGAGAGACAAGCAGCAGCACAUCCCGCAUCUGGUUCUGGGAAAGGGGACGCCGGGGGGAGCUUGGCAUGCCAUGGAGGGCUCCAUGCUGACCAUAAGUCUUGGCAUCUGGAUGGAGCUUCCUGGUGUGAAUUACAGAGACUUAACAAACGGGAAACGCAGGGAUGUGACGAGUGACAGAGCAACCCCAGAGGAGAUUUCGACUUAUUAUCGUGACUACGUGAAGCUGAAGGGUCUCCAAAAGAAUUUUGUUGACAACACUUACGUGACCUCCAUUCAGAAACUCUGCCGGGGGCACAAGGCGGAAGAUCUGGAAAAUGGGCACACUGACAAAGGAGAUGGAGGGACGGGAGAGGAGGGUAAGGGGGGCUUUGUGGGAAAUGGAAAGGCGUGCGUGAAGAACGGAGGAGGGGGCACUCUUUGGGAAGUAAGAGGAUAUCGGCAGGUGCAGAACAAAACUCACGUUCCCUUCUCUCUGUUUGCUGAGAAUGUUGUCCUAGCCACGGGUGCGUCUGAUUCACCAGUUCGCUUAGGUGUCGAGGGGGAGGAUCUUCCGUUUGUUUUCCACAGCAUCUCCAACCUGGGCUUGGCUGUCAGCCAGAGGAAGCUCGACAGGAACUCUGAUCCGGUUUUGAUCAUCGGUGCUGGUUUAAGCGCCGCAGAUGCGGUUCUGUGCGCCUGUAGCAGCAACAUAAGAGUGCUGCACGUUUUUCGGAAGAGUGUGGACAACCCAGACCUCAUCUUUAAGCAGCUGCCCAAGUCUCUGUACCCAGAAUACCACAAAGUGUACAACAUGAUGUGCUCUCAGACCUACACAAACAUGGCUGCUCCAAACGGACCCCAGCCAGAAAGCAUAGCCUCUUCCGUUUGUGCCAAGAUGUGCCCAAAACCACAACUUUCUGCGGGGAACCUCGCGGGAGGCGCCAGUGUCGGCCUCUUGCCCGACUAUACCAGUUUCCCAGAACACUGCGUGGUGUCGUUCCAGCCCGACAUGAAGUGUUUGCUGCAGGGCAACAACUCCCUCAAAGCGUUCAAGGUCUCCAUGGUCCUUGUGCUGAUUGGGACCAACCCAAACUUGUUUUUCUUGAAAGGUCAGGGUCAGUACCUAGGUCAGGAUCCAACAAGGCCGAUCUCCUGCAAGCAAAACCCCAUCGACGUCAACCAGUACACCUUUGAGUGCACCAAGGAGCCAGGCCUGUUUGCCAUGGGCCCGCUGGUGGGAGACAACUUUGUGCGCUUUUUAAAGGGCGGAGCUUUAGGGAUCACUUCCUGUCUGCUGGCGAGACUCAAGAAGAGAGAAAAGCUAAUCAGCAAAGGAGGGAAUACCUUUAUUUGAAGAAGCUAAACGGUCCGGUCUCAGGACACAGGCUGAAUUUUCAUCAUUAAUGUUUUAUCACACACGCUUCUUUGUUUUCAACGUUUAUGAAGCCAAACGAGAGAGGGAGUACACUAACUAGUUUCUAAUGAAACAAAAGACAGCUGCUAGUCUUGCCUGACUUCCGAUGAAGUCUCCUUAUGUCUAAGCUACUGCGUGCCAAUGUUUAACGGCCGGUCAGUGACCUCGUAACCGUACGGGACUUUCUUCUCAUCAGGGUUAAUUAUUCAUUCACCUUGUGUCUUCGACAGUUCUUCUAACAACACUCACUUAAGUUGCUUUCCCUAAUUUAAACGUAAGAGUCAAAACCAGGGAUGCAACGAUGCCCCUUUUUUCCAGACCGAUACGAUACCGAUACUGGGAUCUGAGUACUUGCAGAUACUGAUCACCGAUACUUCUACCGCACAAAAAAAUGCAACGAUUUGGAAUACAGAUUUUAUUUUCUGCUCUGCUUUCAACAGGAAAAGACUGUGAGGUAGAUAAAAAGUAAAACAUAUGAAUGGAAAUCAUCACAAAACUAAAAUAUUAGGUGAACAGAAAUGACAAGUUACAGCGAAGCCAUUUUCAAGCAACUGCAUUGGUAUCGGUUAACCUUUACAGAUACUGGAAUCGGCAUCUGCACCAAUAUCGGUAUCGAUACCGGUACCAAUAUCGGUAUUGCACCCCUAGUCCAAACCAACUGAAACACGUGAUCCCGUUUAAAAUAACCACACGGUUGUGUCGAAUGCAAACAGGUAUAUUUAAAAUCCAACAGAUUCACCACCAAAAUGACUUCAUCUCUCCAACUGAGCCUCUUCUAGAAAAUCUUUUCUAAGCUGCUAAUCCAGGUUUGGCUCAUUUGACCGAAUGCUUUGGUGAUUUGGUUACUAAACAGGCUUUCUAUGCAAACAUCAUCACUCGCAAACCUGAAUGUAUUCUUUCAGAUCCAAUGUCAAGACUCCUGUUUGGGUCCAAGUAUGCUCAGAAAAACUACUGGUUUUUAAAGGGCAAUUGUUUAUUGUAUAGUGUGUGAAAGACUUGUUAGACCCUGUAGGAACCGUUUAGAUUUGUAGAAUAAUUUUACGAGUUUUAGGUGGGAGUUUGCUCCCAAAUUGAGAAAUCUUUGGCUCAUUUUCAACAGGAGACAAUAGAGAUGUGCCUAAAUGUGAUUUUUAUAGACAAUCAGUGGAAUUUGUUAAAAUGUCCAUUUAACUUUAAUCUUUUCAAAAUUUGUGUUAAAGGUGCGGUUCACUUGUUUUAUCAUUACACUUGCAGUGGUCUCUAGUAGGAACAAAUGCCUUGCAGGUCGUACUCGGUGGGGAAAAUAUACCAGUGCAACUAGUGGUGACCCACAUCACAGAUUUAGGCCCAAUCCCAACACUCGAGCUGCGCCCUACGGUUUUCUGUCAAGUGCACUUGGUAGAAGUGCACAGUAAGGGUUCGAGUGUGUGGUACACAAGUGGGCCGAGUUGGGACAGGAAGCAUUGCAUAACUGACCGUGAUGCAUACGGGAAUGCUGGUCGCUGUUUGUGCUACUUUUUAUUAAUUCAAUUCAAUUCAAGUUUAUUUAUAUAGCGCCAAAUCAUGACAAGAGUCGUCUCAAGGCACUUCACGUAGUAAACAUUCCAACACAGUUCAGUUCAUUAAGCUAAUCAGAAAAGUUUCUUAUAUAAGGAACCCAGCAAAUUGCAUCAAGUCACUGACUCUAGUUUGACUACAUUUACAUUCAUUGCUGUCCACAUUAAACCUUAGUCUAAAACAUCCAGAGCAUGAAAUAAUAUAACUAAUCAUCCCAAAAUGAACGUCUUUCAUUUGAAAAUAUGUAUUUUCAGAAAAAGCACUUGAGCCAUUCACCUUCUUCUCAAAAUUUCCAUGUAGCAAAGGAUUGUGGGUAAUACACUUCAUGGAUCAAGGGUGCAAAUGGGGUGUGGUCAACUUUCACAAUUGAGAAUCAGGACAUCCUACACUCGCAUCCCUGGACGGGAUCGUGCAAGGGAAGUGUGUUUUUGUCUUACUUCCUGAUAUGUGGACAUCUCUCCUCUGACUGGCUAACAGCAACACGACUCUACCACCGACUCUGUCUGCUCUGCAACGUUGAUGUUUUGUCUCCACAAAUAACACAAGUCUGGAAGAGUUCUGCUGUGUGGUGGAGUUGCUAAUGCUAAUAGUUAGCUUCUCGUAGCUGAGACGUUUUCUGCUGUUUCCUGGACGCUAAACCAACAACAGCCUUCCCCGUUGUGAGUCCAGAUGGGUGAGUGCAUGAAUGUUAGUGACAGGGUGACGUAGAUCUGUCGGGAUUUUCUAAUCCUAGAGUUUCACCGUCUGUUUUCUAUCAGAAGCUACUGCAGGAGAUAGGUGUAGGAGACUAUUUUCAUGUUCAGUCUGCAUGAAACACUCCCAUUAUAAUCGGAAAUGAUCACUAAAAAUGUUUUGUCAGUGAACCACACCUUUAAUACAAGAAAGUUACGGUUUCUUUACUUUUAAAGUUAAAUUAAUUUAAUGAAAAUCUCUUUAAAAUCCCACAUAGAAUAUAAUUUAUUAACGUCUUUUAAAAUCAUUUAGAUUUCAGUGUCUCUGUAUUUCAUAGUUUUAUUAUUAAUAUUGUGUGUAACUAUUGUACAACAGGUCACAAUAAGUUGUUUUGAUUGUUUAACUAAAAGUUUUUUUCUACCAUGUUAAAAACAAGUCAAGUGCCAAAAAAGUUUUAGGAGUUGACUAAAAAUAGGAUGUCAUAAUUUUAUUUUUUUACAUACAAAACUUUGCUAAUCUGUGAUGUGAUUUAAAAAAAAAUCCUCUUUUUUGUCAGUCUCAACACUCCCAGUGGUUUUAUCUUUUAUUACAACUAACACAACACUUUUCCAUUAUUGUCGUUUAGGUUUCCUGAUUAGAGUUUAACGGGUGAAUUUAAGCCGUUACACCACCUGAGGUUUCUUCCCCUCCCUGCUGAGUUUUUAAUACUGCUUAGAUAUAAAGUGUGGAUUAUAUGCAUGUAGGCAUGAGCCCCGGGGCCGGCAGCCGCCAACGGCAGCGUCAUCAGCAACAAGAAAAGUGCUACGAGGAGAAAUGUGGGAAAAGGCAAAUGCACAGGAGCUCAACAGUGGAAAAGUUUUCACUUCAAAAUAAAAGCUGCUGAGACGUUCUGCUUUAAUGGCAUUUUUUAUUAUACGUGAACACAGACUGGUGCAGAUUUAGGCUAGCUGCUCAAUCGUUUCUCUGCAUUUUGAAAUGUUGAAAGCCAGUUUGCUAACUCUACAGACGAUCCGAAAGGUUUCUUCUUGCACAAGUUAAACUGAUGAGUUUAAUCUUAACUUGAAUUUGAAGAACCGAGCUUCAGCGUCUGCACAGAACGACCAACAGACGUGUGGUUUGAUGACUGCACUUCUGUUUCAGAAAUAGAAAAGUGCCUGAAGGAUUGAGAUUGCUUUAAAAUAAAAGGAACAUAACCCACUUGAGCCAGUUUCCCUGGAAGCAGGGACCAACGUGGGUUUCCAGAGCUGCUUUCAGCAUGCAGGCGGGUGAAACAAUCUCUAGGUUUUAAUCUUUUCUAUGGAAUAUUUUUAUUAACAACAAAUAAAAAAAACUUUGACAAAAUCUGCUUAACUUAAGCUCAUUUGUUACAUUGCUGUCAGUGAGUUAAAGAAGAGCAUCAUCACAUCCACAAAUCCAUCUGGGGAUGACUUCAUCUUCUCUUGGCGAGCUUGGUGGGGUUGUACCUGAGGACACGGAGACGAGAGAGCACCUCAGACAUCUGUCCACGUCCAGAUGGGCUUUUAACAUUCCUCCUGGACCACCUCCCAGUGUGCUCACGGCAUUUUCCAACAGCUCUCAAAUUAAGCACCGUAAAGCACGGAUGACGUUUCAUCCGCUCAGAGCAAACAGGCUUCCCACCGACCACGUCUGGAAACACGUUCAGGUACCAAAAAAAAAAAAUAACCCCUAUCUGGAUUCUUUUCUUAGCAGCAGAGUCGCCCCCCCUACAAGUGAUGUUCGACCGGCUGCGCAUGACUCAGUGAUCAAACACCUCAGCCACAACACACACACACGCACACACACACACACACACACACACACACACACACACACUGCUUAGUCAAAUACAACACGGCAGCUCAAGCUUGCAUCACCACCGUUUCCCUGACAACUGCUGUGAAGGAAAAUACUCCUGGGUUCUGAUUGGUUAAGAGUGGCCGCACGUCUGUUCUCAAGUGAAUGUAAACACCUCGCUGUAAUGGAUCAGGCUGGGCUUGGCGAGCUUUUAUCCAACUAUUUUAGGACACUGAAGGAACAAAGUCCCAUCGUGUUACGUAUUCAAAGAAAAAACAAACAACAAGCUCCAGAUUCUCACCUGAACAGAUCAUCUCCGGCAGUCUCGUCCUGCUUGUUCUGACGCUCCUCCUGAAAACAGAAUAAACUAUUUAAAACCACAGAGCUCUGAUGAGAAGGAGAGUAUAAAACAACUCAGACGAUACCUCUGCUGCAUCUUUCAGCCACUCGUCCAGAUCAGAGUUUUUGCCUCUGUUGUGAACCAGCAGAUCAGAGCCUCCAAUGAUGUGUGGGAAACCAUCUAGACCUGGAACGUGGUUCUAUCACACACACACACACACACACACACCAAAAAUGUCAUUAUUUAUUCUAAUAAUAAAACAAAUGAGCAGAUUUUAAGCUGUUUGCAUUAAUAUUAUUUGAAGAUAAGUGCUGUAAAACGUCUUUAAAGAGCCUCUGCUGAGCGGUUUUGUUGCGUUCAGACCUUGUGGAAACGUUUGAAGUUCCUGACAUGCCCGUUCUCCUGGGAGCGUUUUGGUUUGGACGUAGUUGGAGGCGUCAGUGUGAGCGAUCUGAACUCCACCAGCACCAGCUUCUUAGGAAGGCCUUCAUCCAUCUUUGAUUCCUGAACAACAUAAACAAUCCCUUAAAGCUCUCAUUCACGCAGCUGCAGUGGUCUCCAGUACAACUUCCUGCCUUAGGAGACCAUCUCAGUGGGAAAAAAGCUCUGGUGCUCCUAUUUCAGGAAGCACAAGUUAGCCAAAGCAGAAAGGAGCAGAACACAGCACGAUCUGAAGUCUUAUUUCCUGAUAUUCGGAUAUCUCUCCUCUGAUUGGCUAACAGCAACACGACUCUACCACUGACUCUGUUUCAUCUCCACUAAUAACACAAGCCUGGAGGUGUUCAGCUGUGUGGUGGGGUAGCUAAUGCUAACGCUUAGCUUCUACUAGCCGAGACGUUCUCUGCUGUUUCCUGGACGCUGAACCAACAACAGCCUUCCCCGUCGUGAGUCCAGAUGGGUGAGUCCAUGAAUGUUAGUGACAGGGUGACGUAGAUCUGUCAGGAUUUUCUAAUCCUAGAGUUUCUAUUAUCAGCAGCUAGUGCAGGAAACGAAGGCUAGCCUGCACGUUAAAUUCAGAGUGGCUGAUCACGUAAAAAAAACAAAACCAAACAAGUAAAAACUAUUUUCUCUGUGAACUUUGACAGCAGGUGUAACAACAUCGCUACAGUUAACCAUACGCCAGCUGAUGGAUCAACAUCUGGUAUCGUCCAUAAAGACCUUUUGACAGGAUGCUUUUUUAAUGGAUGCUGACUGGCCGGGAGGUGGCGUGAUGUCAUGUGCGAGCUCUAACCUGGACAUCUAUCCCGAUCUGGGACGGGUUGCUCUACAGCGACUGAAACCCGACCAAAACCCCUCCUC